GGGGAGAGACAGAGGAGCAGAGGCUGCUGGAGGCACAGCCGGGGAGGAUCCCCCUUUUGGAAGUGGGACCCGCAGCUGUCUGUGCAGAGAAACUUCGCAAUUUUGCCAAUGCAUUGCCUGCUCUGCUCCUCCCUUGAGCCAGCCGACUGGCGAUCGAGCUGAGGUUGCCCCCGUCUCGCAAUGGACUUGGACCCCUACGCAAGCAUGCAGGUUGGAAUGCGGGUGGUCCGUGGCAUGGACUGGAAGUGGGGCAACCAGGACAAUGGCGAAGGGAACAUUGGGACGGUGGUGGAGAUUGGCCGGCAAGGGAGCCCGACAACGCCAGAUAAGACUGUGGUGGUGCAGUGGGACCAGGGCACCCGCACCAACUAUCGGACGGGAUUCCAAGGAGCAUACGACCUUCUGUUGUAUGAUAAUGCACAAAUAGGCGUCCGGCACCCCAACAUUAUCUGCGACUGCUGCAAGAAGCACGGGAUCCGCGGGAUGCGCUGGAAGUGCAAGAUCUGCUUUGAUUAUGACCUGUGCAUGCUGUGCUACAUGAACAACAAGCACGACCUCGCCCAUGCUUUCGAGCGCUACGAGACUGCCCACUCGCGACCGGUCACUGUGACUCCACGGCAGAAUUUGCCUCGCAUCACCUUGAAGGGGACUUUUCAAGGCGCUAAAGUGGUCCGGGGCCCCGACUGGGAAUGGGGGAACCAGGAUGGGGGCGAAGGCAAAACCGGACGAGUCAUUGACAUCCGGGGCUGGGAUGUGGAGACCGGGCGAAGCGUGGCCAGCGUCACGUGGACUGACGGCACCACGAAUGUGUACCGUGUCGGGCACAAAGGAAAGGUGGACCUGAAGUGCAUUGUGGAAGCGUCUGGAGGUUUUUACUAUAAGGAGCAUCUCCCUAAAUUAGGUAAACCAGCCGAGCUACAGAAGAAGGAGAGUACGGAGAGGCACCCCUUCCAGCACGGGGACAAGGUGAAAUGCCUCCUGGACAUCGACAUUUUGCGAGAGAUGCAAGAAGGACACGGGGGCUGGAACCCAAAAAUGGCUGAGUUCAUCGGCCAAACAGGAACCGUACACAGAAUCACAGACCGGGGAGACGUAAGGGUGCAGUUCAACAGUGAUAUCCGCUGGACGUUCCAUCCAGGAGCUCUGACGAAGCUCAACACCUUUUGGGUUGAUGACUUUGUCCGGGUGAUCGAUGAUAUGGAAACCGUCAAGCAGUUGCAAGCAGGUCACGGAGAAUGGACGGAUGAAAUGGCUGCUACCCUCGGGCACAUUGGCAAGGUGAUCAAAGUCUUUGGAGAUGGGGACUUGCGGGUCUCCUUCGCGGGCCAGUCCUGGACCUUCAACCCCGCCUGCCUGACGGCCUACCAAAGAGAAGAGGACGCGAACCUCAUGACAAUCGAGGACGCAAAGGAAUCUAAAAGCACCUUGCUCUCUGUGCUGGGAAGGCUGCUCUCGCAGAAGAUGGAAUCGGACAAUCCGGGCCGCCUGGUGAUAGAGGCAGCCCACGGGAACGUCGGCAAGGUCCGCGAUCUUGUUCAGAAAUACCCCGACAAGGUUGAUAUAAAAAACCAGGGCAGGACGGCACUGCAGGUGGCCUCUUACCUGGGCCAGGUAGAAGGGGUGAAGGUGUUGUUGCAAGCCCAUGCCAGCAUCAACCUCCGGGACGAAGAAGGGGACACGGCCCUCCAUUAUGCAGCUUUUGGAAACCAAGCCGAAGUGACCCGCGUGCUCAUCAGCAAAGGCGCCAAUCCGGACCUCUUGAACAAUGUCAAGUGCACGGCCUUGUACAUUGCGGUCAACAAAGGCUUCACGGAAGUUGUGCAGGCCUUGUGCGAACAGAACGUUGAUGUCAACCUGACGGAUUCUUACGGUGACACCCCCCUCCAUUACGCCAUCACCGCCGACUUCAAAUGCAUCAUUGAGACCCUCACAGAAGUCCCCACUAUCGAUUUCACCAUCUCGAACCGGCAAGGAUUCAACCUGCUGCACCACGCGGCCCUGAAAGGGAACAAAUUAGCCAUCAAGAAGAUCCUGGCAAGAGCCCGGCAGCUGGUCGACGCCAAGAAGGAAGACGGCUUCACUGCGUUACACCUGGCCGCCCUGAAUAAUCAUAAGGAAGUGGCUGAGAUCCUAAUCAAAGAGGGCCGCUGCGAUGUGAACCUCAAGAACAACCGCAACCAGACGCCCCUCCACUUGGCGGUCACGCAGGGCCACAUGGAGAUGGUGCAGCUGCUUGUGAGCGAGGCGUGUGACGUCAAUGCCGAAGACGAGGAUGGCGACACCGCCAUGCACAUUGUCCUGGAGAGGCAGAACCUGAUGGCCAUCAUGGCCAACGAGCGGCUGGACGAUGAAGGCAGCCUCUGCACCAAGCUCCGGGCUUCUGGUUUCCUGGGCAACACAGAGCUGAACGUUGGGGCAGCCAUCGCUUGCUACUUGGCCCAAGAAGGGGCUGACGUCAACUACGCUAACCACAGGGGCAAGUCCCCCCUUGACCUUGUCAUGGACGGAAGCAUAGCCCAACUGAUCAAGAAUUUCUCCCAGAAAUUCAGGGAUCAGCAAGACUCCUCGGAGAGCUCCACCAUGACCUGCAGCCUGAGACGGGUCCACACCACCCCCAACACGAUGACCAACCUCAGCGUGGCAAAGGUGGCCACCCCAUCGGAGUGCCUGGUCUGCUCAGAGUUGGCCCUGCUGGUCCACUUCUUCCCCUGCCAGCACAGCAUUGUGUGCGAAGAAUGCUCCAGGAGAAUGAAGAGAUGCAUCAAAUGUCAAGUGUCGAUAACGAAGAAGGUCAAGCAAGACAGUACAGAAGUGGAGUGCAGCCCCGGCUCGGAAUCCACAGACCAGCAGAAGCUCAUGGAGGACCUCCAGAACCGCUACCGGCAGAUGGAAGAGCGCAUCACGUGCCCCAUCUGCAUCGACAACCAAAUCAAACUGGUCUUCCAGUGCGGGCAUGGGUCGUGCCCGGAGUGCAGCGCCGCCCUGACGGUGUGCCCCAUCUGCCGACAGACUGUCCGCGAACGGAUCCAGAUCUUUGUUUGAGGGCAGCUUCGGCGGCUUUCCUGCCCUCCCCUCCGCCCACCCGGCCUCCUCUUCCGGAGGACUUUGGAUUUGAUUUUUACGUUUCUCGAGAACCACAGCCGGCCUAACGUGUUUCUAAUGAACUGUGUUGAAAGCGGAGGGGCGCGCGUGCGUCGUCUUAGCAGGGCGAUAAGAGCCCACGCGCUCGACAAAGCUUCCCCUGCCACAGCUUGGGGUUGUUUUUCUUUUUUUCGACAAGUCAAGCAGCCCAAGGUGCAGACUCGAUAAAACAGGAGCUGCCUACGGAAGACCCAUUAAGGCCCAAACGUGGGCUUCCGGCCCGAGGCGCCCAGUGUUUUGGCAGUGCUGAUUUCUUUUCAUAGCCUUAUCCAGCUUCAGAAGGAAAGGAACCGACAUCGUGUAUGAGGACGACAGGCGUCUUUCCGUUUCGUGAGGGAGCGAUGCUCUUGCACUUUAAAAGGCGGGGUGUUAUUGGGCUCCGCCCUUCUUGCAGAAGGGGCGGGGCCAAGGAGGGACAUUUCUGCCCCAGCAAUCCUUUUUGUUUCAUUUUGGGUUUGGUUUUUUUUUUGAGGUUACGAAAGUCCUUGAAUUGCUUCGACGGUAGAAGCGGAGAUGGACAGAGACGGUGUGUUUGUGUGUGCGGGUGGGGUGUGCGUGUGCCUUCAGGGUGAAGUAGUGAAUGUUUCUUGGCAAAAAAAUAUAUAUAACACGGCAACAGAAAUAUUCUUCUUA